CCUUCUCCUCCUCCCUCCCCAUCCCUGGCCAGCAUCCCGUCGUGCCACCCGACCCUGUCCUCGUUCUCCAGGAGAGGGGCAUCUCUCUCACCCAGGGCAGGAGGGGAAGCACGCAAUCGGUAGGGUCCAGGUCCUCCUCCAGCGCCCACGCCCGCUCUUGGUAGCUCUUCAGACUAUUCCCCACCACCACCAUGUUCUUCAACGAUUCCGGCGACCAGUUUGCCCACAACAGAUUGCUAUACAGGCGACGGUGGCAGCAUGGCAUGAAGAAGAGAGUGGGGACUCGCGCGGGCCGUUUGCAUUCCUCGUUGUGCGGGAUAACGCGCCAGCCAAGACGAUUGAGAAGGUAGCUGUCUACAUCGUCGAAGACUGGAUCGAACAUCUCAGCCUCCACCAAGGGCAAUGUAAG